UCAUAGCUUCCGCUUCCGUUUUUCCUUGACAACAUGUAAAUCAAAAUGGCGGCAUAAGAUAGAAGUGUGAAACAUGAGUACUACUGUAGCUGCAAAUGCUCCUGCCCUUCAUGGGUCAGACAGUAAAGCUCUGGUUGCUACUGAAGAUAAGCAGUUGCCAGAUUUGAAAACCAGUGGCCAUGGAAUUGAUAGAAACAAACCUCUUCCGACCAGUUUGAUGAGUGAUUUUAUACCUGAAGAUGUUUUGUUUGCUCUCACACAACCACCUCCUGUCAAAGAUCAGCUUGGACCUCCUUCAAGAACAAGGAACCUUAAUACCUCAAUAUCCUACCCAAGACCUCCACCAAAUGGAGUAUGGAACCAUAAAAGAAGAGAACGAUUUAAGCAUCUGACAGAAAAUCCACCAUGCAUAUGUGGUGCAGGACAAGAUAUAUCUUUCCUGUAUGAUGUCCCCAAUGAUGCUGCCAAUUUAGAAAGACCUGAUAAAAUUGAUAAAAGUGCUGUCAGGAAAGAAAUGAUUGAUAAACAGAAAAAGCCAUUACAAUUACCGGAUACCUUAAUACCAGAGGAAUAUCACAUUGUGAAGAACAAAGGUGUGAUGGGGAUAGAGUUCCAUGAAGACAAGUACAGUACACAGAUACAGGAUCAUGAGAAACAUUUGGUGCUGUUUCCCUCUAUGAAACCUACAAGUCGGUAUGAAGUGAUUCAACUAAAGAAAACAUUUAAUAAAAUGAUGAUAAAGUUAGGAAUAACAGAAACAGAUGUUGAAGUCAAAGGUCCUACUCAGAUUCAUAAUUUGUUAGAACUGAUAAAAAAGGAACAAUCCAUCUUUGAUACAAUUUUUUCAGAGUUGAUACGACAGACAACUAUAGAAUGUGCAGAAAGAGGAGAACUUUUGUCUGCAGUGAGAAAUAAGUACAGAGACCUGAUAAAUAAUGUACCAAAACAGAUAAUGAGUUUACAUGAGGAGGUAAUUGCACAGAGAGCUUUAGACAGGAGAUUGACAGAAGAACUGAUGAGAUUUAAAUCUACUAUUGGUAUAUUAACAAGUGAGUUAUCUGCUGUAAAAGAACAUGACAAGAAAGUAACAAAAGAAGCUAAACAGGCACAGGAAGAUCUGAAGGAAGCAUUAUCUGAGGCUCAGAAGAAUGCUUCACUGUUAUCAGAAUAUCAUGGAUUGUAUGAGUUACAAAGGAGGAGGCUAGAAAAACAAGUCAGCAUGUUAACUGAUGAAAGAGAGUUAUGGAGUAAUGCUGCUUAUAGCUUAGCAUUAAAGGUGACAGAGGAAGCUAACCUUACAACAGCCAAGAGACUACAUGUAAGUGAGAAAGCCUGGGUUAAACUAUCCACUCAUUUUACUAUCCUUUUGAGUGACAGGGACACCCAGGUUCUGACAAACCUUCAAGGUCAUGUAGAGAGGUGGCGUGAUCUGGUAGAGGAGUUUAAAACCGUACAAAACCAGAGAGAGGUUGAGAUGAAGAACAACAUCAAAUCCAUCAGAGGAAAUGUGGAUCAUUGGAUGAAUGAAAUAAGAAAAAUUUGUUUUGGAGAUGAAGUAGAGUUUGAUUACUACAAUGCUGAAGGACAGUUUAGGAGACCACCAGAUGAUGAGAAGUUAAAACUUUUCCUAAUUGAUAUGAAGACCUGGGAAGUGUUAUUAAGCAGGGAAUCAGAGAAAUAUGGUGGAGAGACAUUACUAGAAGGACAAGACAAGUUGACACUGAUCAGAUAUCAGAUGGAGGGAUGGACAGAUAACGCUCUUAAAGUCUUUGGUCGUCAUCGUAAAGAUCCUACCAAAAACCACCCAGACCAAGACAGAAUGGUCACAUUAAACCAGGAAGUUGAAAAUCUUCUUCAUCAGUUUGACAACAGAAUUACAGGGGAAAAUGGUGUAGCCUCACGAGUGAUACAUCUGGCUAAUGGCCUAGAGACAUGGGAUAUGAAGCUAACCUCCCAUUUAAAUGGAGCCUUGUCAAUCAAUGAUAAUGAAUGGGGAAGUCUUGUCCAAAUGAUGGAAGAUUGGUUGGUCGGGAUCGAUGAAGCUGUAGAGUAUGUAGGAACCACCCAGAAAGAGGAAGAUAGAGAGAAAGGAAGACUUCACACAAGCAUUGAUAUUACACAGACAGUGAAAAAAGUACAGAAGUGGGCAUCAUCAGCUACUAACUAUAUUGACAGUGAGGAUGCCUUGCUUGUGGAACAGGUAUCUCAAUAUCAUUCUAAAAUGGUUCUGUGGAUGGUUCAGAUGUUAUUGCGUUUAGCUCCAGACCUGGAGGGCAACUCUAAGGAAGCAGCAGAGAUGGCACUCAUUGCUAGUUUACCACUUAAUGAACUACAUUCCAAUAUAAAAGUUCUGUUAGAGCAGUUAGAAGAUUUCUCCAGAUAUGUUGCAUUAUUAGUAGGACGCACUUUGUUUGAAAUUGAUAAAGUAGACUUAUUAUAUGCUAUGGCUAAAGAGUAUGCUGACGAGUAUGCUGAAGAGUGCUGUACAGGAAUUGUUAUGGAAAAUACAGAACAAAGAAGGAAUAACAAUGAGGAUAAUCCUGAACAUGAACUGAAAGAUAUGAAUGGACUUAGGCGUGAGUGUAAAGAUUGGAUAAAUACAGCCAAGAUUUUGACAAGUCAGCUAUUAGAGGAACCAAUUGAUACUUUGUUCCCUCGCCCAGUAUCUCUAGAUGACAAUGUGCCAGAAAAGCGCAAGGAUUCACAAGAUGAUUAUAAAUCCUACCAUGAUCAAGAAAAAAUACCAACUGAGGCUGCUCCAAAGCCUAGGGAAACUGUCAGUCCAACUGAUACAGAAGAGAAAAAGGAACCAGUACAACCUUCUGCUCCUCCACCUGAACCUGCCCAACAACAACAAGCACCACCAGAAAAGAUAGAAGACAUGAUGGAGGUCAUAGGUCGUGAUGACAAUACACAUAAACAGACAUUGGAACAUAGCACAGAUGCUCCACCUCCCCAAUCAACAGCUGCAGUGCUUCAGAGAAUUCCUGGUGCCCCUGAUCCACAGAAAUCUUUUGAGGCUUUGUCUGCUGUCGAAUCACUACAGAGCCAAUUGAUAGCCACAGAACAAAGGGCUCAAGAAUCAGAAGAAAGAUCAGCCAACUUGGAAGUUGAAUUAGCAGCUAGUCAGGAGAAGUUGCGUGAGUUAGAAAAACGUCUGGCUAAAAUUGAACAGGGUGAAGCUGUACCAACAGAGGAGAGUGCUGCCAGUACUCCACAGAAAGUAGAAUCUGUGUCUCCACCUAAAACACCUAGUAAGGAGAAAUCUGAUGCUAAAGAGGACAAAAAGAGGCCCGAGUCAACAGCAUCUAAAUCUAGUUCUAAGUCUAGUAAAUCUAGGAAGAAGUAAUUUAUGAACAAAAAACUAACUUUAUGUCACCUUAAGUCACAUAGUUUUAUUUGGCACACGAUAUAGUUUUAUGAAUUUUAAACCUUAUAAACUGUAAUGAAAUUAAGUUAAUUCUUGACAUUGAGGUAUUUGUUAGGUAUGAGAUAAUAAUAUUUGUAGGUAUAUUAGGGUGAAAAUCUUUACAAAUAUCCUGGUAUCUGUAGCAUUUAUUGUGGAUAUUCAAGUCAUAUUUCAAAAUGUAUUAAAUAACAAAUUAUGUUAGUUUUAAAAACAAAUUGUCUGUUUUAUAACAUACCAAAACUUUUUUUUUACGAUUUCAUUGUGAUGUUUAAUAAACUUUAUUCCGUCCAAGUACUUUUUUUUUUUAUCAGAAAUGAAAAUGUAUUUUUCUUGUUUAUUUUUUUUGCAAUCUAAAUUUUACUGCUGAUUGUUGUUACAUGAGAAAAAGAGCUGAAAGAUUUUGUUAAAUUUAUAUUUGUACAAUUAUUUUUAUUUGAAUUAUGAAAUGACUGUGAUACAAGUUUUACUUAUUUUAAUGAUGAUUGAUUUAUGUAUUUAAUAAAUAUCUUUUUGACAACA